AUGCCCACACUACCGUCGGGAGCUUGGUUGGCACUGGCAUUCCGCGUUUCAGUUGCUCUAGUAACGCGAGGCUUCUUCCAGCCAGACGAGUACUACCAAUCACUCGAACCUGCUCACCAUCUUGUCUUCGGCUAUGGACAGCUUACCUGGGAAUGGCAAACCUCGCUGCCCAUCCGAAGUGUCAUCUACCCUGCUCUGAACGCGGCUGUAUAUAUCCCCCUGAAAGUUAUUGGAUUUGACUGUGGCUUGAUGCUGAUUUACGGACCUAGGCUCAUUCACGGAUGCUUAGCAGCUAUCACGGAUAUUUACAUCCGUGAUUUGACUCGCGAGGUACUAGGAGUGCAAUACGUUUUGACAGCGAGCUUUUUGUCUCUCACCUCGGUGUUCCAUGCAUUGGCCUUGUCUCGAUCUCUAUCAAACUCGUUGGAGACUUCGUUGACGACACUGGCACUUGCGUCUUAUCCAUGGAGACCGUCGACGUUUUCCAGCGCUCGCAUGCGAAUGUGCUUGUCCGUUGCUGCGUUGACAUGUGCGGUACGGCCAACGAAUGCGAUCCUAUGGGUGCCCAUGUUUGCGAAGUUGGCUUGGCAGGCUCGCCUUUCGGGCAAGAAGCUAUUGGAUGUUCUCUCGAACGCCUUACUCAUAGGCUCCAUCGCAUCGUGUCUGAUUGUCAUUGCGGAUACCCUGUACUACGGACAAGUAACUUUCACGCCUCUGAACUUCCUUAGGACCAACUUGACAUCAGUGUCGCUUUUCUAUGGAUCGAAUCCCUGGCACUAUUACCUCUCGCAAGGUCUCCCGAUAUUGUGUACGACGACACUGCCCUUCGCCGUACAUGGCCUUUGGCUACUUAUUCGGACACCCAUUUCCGAUCAGAAGUCGAAAAGGCAGUCGUUUGAAACCCGGGGUGCCGAAGGAACACUAGGAGGUCUGAUCAUCUGGACCAUCACAAUAUAUUCAUUGGCAGGACACAAAGAAUGGCGCUUCCUGCAUCCCUUGUUGCCUCUUCUUCACAUUUGCGCCGCAAAAUCGCUUGUCGAUGUCUAUUCGACUCCACAGCAGUCGAGAAGGGCCGGGACGAGCGAAGUUGCUCGUUCGUCGUCAACAACAAGCACUUCACCGUAUCGAUAUCUUCCAAGAUUGGCUCUCACCUUACACUUGACGCUCUUCGUGCUGUCUUCGAUAUACCUCGUGUUCAUUCAUGGCAGUGCCCAACUCGCCGUGAUGUAUUAUUUGCGCACACUACCACCUUCGGGAUCUUCCAAUCCGGCUGCUCUACGGUCGGUUGGAUUUUUGAUGCCUUGCCACUCUACCCCAUGGCAAGCCUACCUGCACAGAGAAGAUCUGAAGGACACUGGGAGAAUGUGGGCAAUCAGUUGUGAACCACCGUUGGCCGCCUUGUAUAGUGGUCAAAAUAUCUCUGAGUAUAGAGACCAGACUGAUGUGUUCUUUGCUGACCCUCUGCGUUAUUUGAGAGAUCGCUUUCCUGAUACGGUGGAUCCUGCUUACCCCCCAUCGCCGCAUCCGGUCACACUCCCCGGUCAGGCUGAAAAUACAUCCCGAGCUCAAUCAUGGCGGCACGAGUGGCCGAGUCACUUUGUUAUCUUUGGGUCGUUGCUGAAAUACCAAGGGGUGUCGAACUUCCUGAAAGGGCAAGGAUAUGAAGAAAUAUGGGCAGUGCGAAACGGAUGGGAAGAGGACGACAAGAGAAGGGGAGGCGUUCGAGUCUGGAAACAUCAACAAUAA